UGGAGGACGGAGGGGUAACUGGCCGAUGGGUGUGGAAACCUGUGGUGUGGAUACUGGUAAUUCUGGACUGUAUAACUUCAGUGAUUGUGAUUCAGUUACAAAGUAAAUGUACACUGUAAACACGUGAUUAGUGUAUAUUCUAGUCCCUCGACUCCUUUGUGCCUUGGCGUUGUAUUGGGUAGUAUAGGUCUAUAUGACAGUUGUGCUGGAGCCCGUAAAUAUGAAAAUCAUGCACGAAAUGACUCUAUCGUAGACUUUGCAAGAUCCUAGUUCAAUGCAGAAGUACACAAGGGUAGGGGUGAUUAUCAUCCCAGGCCCUGAAGUCAGUUGAAAAAUACUCCCCCUGAGCGAAAGCUUGUAAAUGAAACGCAUUUCAGGAGGAAAUGACAGAAAUGUCCACUGAAGAAAAUGGGCGUCCAGUCACAAAUAAAAUGCCGAAUGAGAAUCAAAAGGAAAGUAAUCAAAUAGCAAGAGGAAGACCAUUGGAGAGACGGGAUAUACCAGGGAGGAAGAUCAGAUGAGUGGAAAGAAAGGCAUGAUGGGAGAAGGCCAGAUUAAUGAAGACCAGAGAGGCACAAGUGAGGAGGACCAGAUGAGUGGAAACAAGACAUUGAGUCGCAAUGGGUCUGAAAGAUGUCUGCAGCACGACCAUGGUGAUGACGGUGGCGGUCGGAAUCAUGGUAACAGUGGUUGGAGUCUUGAUCGCCACAGGGAGUCUGAUGUGCUCCGCCAGUCCUCUUCCAGUGCGAGUGUCAGCCAAGGCGUCCCACAGGGAGAGGCUGGCCGCUGCCCAUUUGCUCCUGCAGGAAUCUCCUCUGAUUGAUGGCCACAACGACCUGCCCUGGAACCUGAGGAAGUUCCUCCACAACAAACUCUACUCCUUCAAUCUCUCCUCCGACCUGACGCAGGAAAGACCUUGGAGGAACUCGCCCUUCUCCCACACAGACCUCCCACGCCUUCGCCAUGGCAAAGUGGCGGCACAGUUUUGGUCUGUGUACGUUCCUUGCCAGUCACAGUACAAAAACUCCGUUCAGCUGUUGCUGGAACAGAUCGACGUUAUCAAGAGGAUGGUUGCAGCCAGUCCCUACGAGACGACUUUAGUAACAUCAUCACGAGAGAUACUACAAGAAUUCAAGUGUGGCCGUGUUGGCAGCCUGUUGGGCGUGGAGGGCGGACAUGCCCUGGCUAGUAGCAUGGGCGUACUACGUGCCAUGUAUGACCUGGGCGUUCGAUACGUAACAUUGACACAUAAAUGUCACACUCCUUGGGCCGAGUGUUCCGAGUCUGGAGACGAAGUCCCUCCCAACGCUCCAGGACUGACGGAUUAUGGAAAGAGGAUGAUCGCGGAGAUGAACCGCGUUGGACUCAUGGUCGAUCUCUCGCAUUCUUCUCAUCAGACGGCGCUCGACGCCCUGCAGAUAAGUCGCGCCCCUGUCAUCUUCUCGCAUUCGGCGGUCAGGGCCCUCUGCGACAUUGAGAGAAAUGUUCCGGAUAAUGUGCUGACGUCUCUGGCGACAAACGGCGGUGUGGUGAUGAUCAGCUUUUACGAUGACUUCCUCACCUGUGGCGGUCCGGCGACCAUAAGUAACGUCGUAGAUCAUAUCAACCAUGUGCGGACAAUGGCAGGUGUCGACCAUGUUGGUCUCGGAGCUGGGUAUGAUGGCAUCAACAGCACUCCUAAAGGAUUAGAGGACACAUCCCGUUAUCCAGAACUCUUUGCUGAACUUUUAAAGGAUCCUUCAUGGUCCAUCCAGGACCUAAAGAAGCUAGCAGGUCUGAAUAUCCUGAGGGCAAUGGAAAAAGUUGAAGAGGUACGGGAUAGCUUGCUCUUAGAACCACCAGCAGAGGACAUCAUCCCCAUUCACGACAUCGAAACUUUGUGGCCUUGUAGGUAUAAGUUUGCAAAUCUCAACAAUAAUGAAAACAAAGCUAGUUCAUUCAUUGAUACACCCACUUCUCACUCCUUCCAAGGAAACGAGGCCUUAAACUCUUAACAUUAGCAUUGGUUAUCCUAUAGUUUGUAUACAAGAUAAUUAGUUUUUAUUCCCUGUUCUACUAUAUCUUUGUCAUUAGCUAAUUAGCUAGAUGAUCAGUAAAUUUUCCCUAACUUUUAAAGUUGCAACAGCAUAACUCAUGGGAGUAUGAUGUUUUGUUCAAACUAUAUUUUUGUGAUUAAUAUGAGAUUAUUUUUAUCUCAUAGACAUAUCUGAGAGAAAUAACAUUAUGACAAAACCAAUUUUUUUACACAAGCCUGUUGUAAUUAUUUUUAUUCACAGCUCUGAAUUUCUUAGACAUAUAUCUUAUAUCUUGAAGACAAAAACAGAAAAGCUAAAGGUGAGAACGCAAACCCUAGCUUUCACAUGGAUACUCUUUAACUGAAAGCUGGUUCAGCACUGAAGUCUGAUAAGUGUGUACUACUGUAAACUUUGUGGCAGAUGGGUAUAGGGGUGGGGGGAACCACCUACUCACUUUUUCUCACCUGGAUUUCCUUACACAUGGCAGCACUAUGCUCUUACGCUGAAUAUGGCAGUUAUGGAAGCUGAAUCUCCAAGUAUUUUUUGGUUUGAAUGGUUGCUGACUUUGCCUGUUCAUUGAGUGUUAAUGACUGCUGUAAGAAUGUAGGUGUUUAAUGUUAAUAACUGCUGUAAGACUGGAGAUGUUUAAAACUUCUAAUGGUAAGAAUGAUCAGCAGAAGUGUCCAGGUCAUAAUUGUAUGUGCUAGGUUGCCCUCAUUUUUGCUGUGCUUUUUGCAGAGGUCAGGAAUGCAUAGCAUCUCUAAACUGCAUGGUAUCUCCUCACUUUUUAAAUAGAGGAAGGUUGGGGCAGCAGUGCAGAAACAUUGGAAUGAUGCUAAGGACUCUUAUCUACUAUUUAGUCUCCUAAAUUCGUUAAGUAUCUGUGAAGGAAACUGUAGCCAAGGCUACAGGGGCAGCUGUGUCAUCAACUAGGGCUUACAAAAAGAUCUGAGCUCUUCCAAAUCCUCAUCAGGUUCCCAGCAUUCUCCUCCCUUGGAAAUGGUCAGGCGUCUUCAUGGCCCUAUCAGUUUUCCAAUUAGGCAUCUAGGGGGAGGACACUGAAAUUGGCAAUCAUCCUCUUUCUAUGCCACAAGUAGUGGGAUGCCUGUCAUGCCACUGGGCAAUAUGGCAGUGACAAGGGCCACAGCCCUGAAUAGUGUGUAUCCUUUAUCAGAGUUACAGGCUAUCAUUCAAGGACUAUAUCCCUCCCCUUCUCACAGGCCAAUCCUCUUUCCUUACCACUUUUCAAGAUUAUCAAAGUCUCUUGCUGUCAAAGAGGGGCAAACAUAGCUGGAAAACCAUUUUGGAAGUUGAAGAUUACUACUCGCCAGGCUUUUAUGAUUCUCUUCCUGUGGAAAAGAACCUGGAAGUUGAAGACCAGUCUGACCUCUUGACAGAAGUUUUAUAUCAAACUGUUUAGGAUUGAAACAUUUUCUAUGCUGUUUUUUAAUAGAACAGACAACUAUAUGGACUGAUAGAUUUGAAGGAUGUGUUUUUCCAGGUACUCACCCAUCAGGACUCUUGGAAAUACCUGCACUUUCCUCUAUGACAAGACUGCCCACCAGUUCUAGGCCCUGUGCUUUGGGCUGUCAUCUGAGAAACAAUUGCCCACAGUUGGAGAUCAGCUUCUCUCUCUCUCUGUUGUGAUUGGGGAAUUGUAAUAAAUGUUCUUCUACCCAAACAACAAAGUAGUUGAGCAUGAUGAUAGACAUGAUGGGGGGGUAAAGGUUCUGACCCCGACACUUGAAUUAUGUAUUUCAUGGAGAAAUCGGUACAGUUCCAGAAACUACCACCUUGAAUUUGGCUGAUCCUUCUAAGUUGUCUGUUGUCAUUAAAGAAACAAGUGCCACAUUGGAAGGAUCCAGCUGUACUUGUUUCACCGUUACCUAAAGGAGCACUAGUUACCUGUCUCUGAUCCUACAAUACUUUCUGUACUCUUAAACUAGUGGUUGUAUAUCUGCUGACCUCUCCCCUGCCCCUUCCUCCAGGCAGAUGUUUCUGUCCACUAAUGCAUUGAAGGGUGGGUGGAGCACACCUGAAGUCUUGUUUGUCUUGGGAGUGUAAGUUUGAGUGGAUUCUCACCUGCAUAUCAUUUUCAAAACAGGCGAGACACAUUGGCUCUGCAAGCAUUUUAAGGUAAGGAUUUUAAGGAAAUUAUUAAAUGCAUCACUAAAUUUAAGCCAUAAAUCCAAGCUCUGGGGCACUUGUAGCCAUCAAGCUUUUAAGACAAAAAAGGAGGUGGAGUGUUGGGAAGCAAAGUGGACAGAUCCAGUGGACAGAUCCAGCAAGAUAGAAGAAAAGAAGUGGGAAUAGAUAUAGAGUGAAAGUUGGGUGCAGCAAUGGGCUGAAGAGAUGCUGCAAACACCUUUUAGUAAUGCCCACUGUGCAUCUAAUGAAAUGCACUGACAGCACUACUCCCCUAUGGAGACCACAUGACUACAAUCGCAUACACAGUCAGCCCCGGUAUUCUUGGGGAAUAUGUACCACAACCCCCGUGAAUAGCUAAUAUCUGCAAAUACUGAAAACCCCUCUAAAAAUGACAAGUGUGUGCUAGGAAGAUGGUAAAACUUUUCUCACUCCCAGAAGAUGAAGUAACAAAGUCCUGAAUCCUCCGUCUGACCCAAGAACGAGGGGGAGGAGGAAAAGAUGAUGGCGGAGGGGAAGGAGCUCUCUUUCUAUGACACUUCUUGCUAGAAAGUACAGAUACCUUUCACAAAAAACAGAGUCCAGCCUAUCAACCACCACUUGAAGGAACAUCUCGGAGGGCUCAGCAAGCGACUGCAAUGACGUCAUAGACGAAAAUGGUAAUGAUAGCACAGCAACAAGCAAUGGAAGAGACGACACCACAGCCGACAUCAUAGGCUGAGAGGAUGCUGGGAGGGAUGCCAUGGCAUGUGGAAUGGCAGCAAGAGUCGAUAGCCUCACUGUUGGCGAGAUAAAAGACGACCCAGUAAAUGUCAUAGUUGUUGAUGUCGUCCCACUAUGUGGCAGCACAAGUCAAAGUAGUGGAGACCUGGAGGAGGAUGGCAAGCAGACAUGAAAUGCAACAAUAAGCCAUCCAAGGAGAUUGAACCCUGUAGGCCUAGGGACACCCAAACAACCGCCAUCUUGUGGGAUUCUGUAUUUAAAACAAAGGAAGAUGAUGAAGUUGCCUCCUCCCUCCUAGGGGGGAGAUUGCCUCCCACGAGAGAAGGGGGCCACGUUAUACACAAAAUCACUCUGUGCAACUCCUCAUACUUCCAAAGACGAAUUAAUGGAAGAAAAGGAAGGAGACAGGGCGUCAGAAGUAGCACAGAACAUUUCUGGGAGAUAAAGAUGCCAAACUGUCCACUUGUGGAGGUGAGAAACCUUCCCAAGAAGGACAAGUAGAUACUCUAGGGUGCUCCCUCUUGUUAUAGAAAACCUUCCACUGCGACACAGGCCAGGAAUGACACUCCGAGCAUGGGUUAGUGAUAGUACCUAAUUAAAUUGGAACAGCGUGGAAUGGGGGUCAGUAGUGGAGGACAGCAAAAUCCUUGAACAUGGAAAUCCUGGAUACAAGCGUUGACGGGGCCUAAAACUCUUGGUGGAAUCCAUGAUAAAGGACAAGCAGGCACAUACACUGAGAGCAAAGCACAAAUAAAUCAUGGGCUAACUAAGAAACUGGCUUGGGAAGGAGAGUGCAAAAAGGAGACUACUCUCCAAGGCGGUCAAAGAAAGACCGACGCGUCAUGAGGGCCCAAGCUCUGUUGGUGACCAGCUUCCACCAUUUUUACGCAUGAGUUGCCAGAUGCCACAGAUUCCUUGCUUUACAAUCUUUGAUUGUUUUAACCAGUUUCCAGCUGGCGCUAUAGAAUUAUGCUAUUGUUAAGACCUCAGGUUUGAUAGAUAUGGAAAAUACAUAUUAAAAAUUUGUCAUUUUGAUAGUUCAAACAAAAAAACCCUCUGAAAAUGCUUAUAUCUGGUAUGAGUAUUCUGAUAGUUUUAUCACAAAAAUUUAGUCACAAAAAUAUGAAAAUACAGUAAUCUGUGAAAAUUUCUCGAAAAAUACAAGAAGGUGAAUUUUCUGUGAAUAAUGUGCACUAUAUAUGUUCCAUAGCAAAAUCCACUAAUAGACAAGUCCAUGAACAAUACGGGUUGACUGUAGCAACAAACAAUGGGAUAGUCUCCCUCUUCAUCUACAGGUUGACAAGGCAAGUUUACAAGUGGGCAGUUCACCAUGCCAUCAAGCUCUCACCUAGGUACAUCAUGAGUCACUGAAAUGUACUGAUAGACCAGCUGAGUUGCAAAAUACAAGAAGGUGAAUUUUCUGUGAAUAAUGUGUACUAUAUAUGUUCCAUAGCAAAAUCCACUAAUAGACAAGUCCAUGAACAGUACGGGUUGACUGUAGCAACAAACAAUGGGAUAGUCUCCCUCUUCAUCGACAGGUUGACAAGGCAAGUGUACAAGUGGGCAGUUCACCAUGCCAUCAAGCUCUCACCUAGGUACAUCAUGAGUCACUGGAAUGUACUGGUAGACCAGCUGAGUUGCAAAAGCCAGGUCAUAGGGAUGGAAUGGUCCCUAACAUCUAACAGCAGAAGACUGUUUGAGGUUAGGGAAACCCUGUGAUCAACCUAUUCACCAUGUGGCUCAACAGGAAGCUCCUGGUGUGUUGCUGACAUUGCUAGACCUCUGUAUUGUGUUGGAAUGUACCUUCUACCAUCCCAAGGACAACCUCACGUGUUUGUCACUCCCAGUCUCAGGAUGACUAGUGGGUCCUUGCUACCCAAAGCUGGAGUAGUAAACCAAUCUAUAAGGUCUUCCCAUUGAAGUGCUGCACAAGCUUAUCUUGUGGCAUACAUUGCCUUAUUAGUCAUCUGUUGGGUGCAAUUUGCAACUGGGGACAAUCUGGCAACUUUUGUGAGAAGCUUUUCUUAUAUCAUUGUGCAGGAAAUGUAAGGUACUGUCAGGGAAUUCACAGCAGAUCUCUUAUCAGGUAAAGUGGCCCAUCUUCUGUUGUUAAGGUUUCCAGUUAGAGCCACUCUUCUGUAGAUUGCAGUUUCAAAGCAACCUUUGCAGAGACAAACAUAUAUUUCUGUGGUAAAGGAUUGCUGCUAAGCCCUUUCCCAGGGUUUGUUGCUAACAGGCUUAGACCACUCUGCCUUGAUUGAGGUUCCCAUGCUCUCUGAUAAACUUUGAAAAAUCUCCUACAUUGCAAACUCGGGCCUCUGAAGUGGGAUGCGACUUGUAGUACUCCAUAGUCUCACCGAGACACCAUGGGAUUCUUUGAGGUCUGGGGUCAAGGUCAUCACACUCAAGACUAUCUUUCUUACCUAAUGCAGUACUUGGAGGGAUGGGGACCCUUCUUAGUCUUGUUUGUUCUUAAAUUUAGGGCAAACACUGAGAAACCCAUCAGUCCUGAUAAGAGAUUAAACACAUUUAGAUUACCUCCUUUCAAAACUUUGUACUUGUGGUGCUGGGGUGUUCAGUGCAAAUUUAGUGGUACUCUAUGUGCAUAAGCUAACCAAACAUCUGGGGGUAUAUCCACAGUCUUGUGCUGGGAUGGUACAACUAAGCUGCUGCUAAGGCUAAGGAAUACCUUUCUCCUCAGAUGAAGUGGAAGUAUCUCUGGUGCGGUAUAGAACGUGAAUGAAAACAAACUAUAUUUCCACAGAUACUAGAGACACCCUUGUAGAUAGAUUGCUUUAAACUCUUCUGCUUCCAUACUGAAGAAUUUAGCUACUGCAGGAACUUGUUCAGCAGGCUACAGUCAGUGAUCAAUUGAAUGAAUGCUACACCAUCAGCCUAGAACUGCAGUUCUGGAUGAUGAUUGAUGUCCCUUUGUCUGUCAAAAGGGGAAACACUAUUCUUUUAAUGCAGGUUUUCCAUCUAGGGGUCACAAGAUCAUUCUUGAGCGAGGGUUUUAGUAUCAUUUAUUUAAGCAGCCAUUUCCAACUAAGUUCAAUCGGCUGCCUUGAGCGAGGGUGUUGUAACCAUAUAUUAUAAAACAAGGUAAAACAAACUUUUGAAUGAAAACUUUAUUGGUUGAGCGAGGAUGUUGUAACCAACAAAUAAAUUUUCGUUCAAAAGUUUGUUUUACUUUAUUUUUUAAUAUAUUUGACUGGCCAUUGGUUGAAUUAGUUCCAUUAUAUAUGCUGACAUUCAAUAUUUAAUCAUGCGGCUACCAUAAUUUCACCGCUGUUACACGAAGCAACACUGAUCAUCAGGCCAUGGCAGUAUAAUUUUACUUAUUUAAUAGAAAUAGUUAUAAUAAUGUAUUUUUAAUGGAAGUAGCAAAUAUAUUACAGUGAACUGCUAUUUUUGUACUAGGAUAUUAUGUACAUAUGAUUAGGGUUACCAUACAUCCCGGUUUGGCCCGGACUAGUCCCAGAUUUUAGGCCUUGUCCUGGGCAUCCCGGUCAGUCAGAAAAAUGUCCCAGAAUGUUCAGGACAAGCAGUCAGUCACCCAACAAUGUUCCAAUGUUCCGUGGGAAUGUGUGCAUACAGCAAAUUAACAGUGAAAUAUUGUUUGCAUAUAGACUUUGGACCUAUCAGAGCAGAAAUGCCUAACAGAUUUGGAAGCAGAAGUGAAUAGCAAAAAAAUUGUUUUCAUAUAAACUUGUGACCUGUCAGAGGAAAAAAUGUCUUAACAAAUGGAAGGAGGAAUAAAUAAAAACGUGUAAAUAGGUUUGGGACCCAUCAUUGAUUCCUGUUGUAUUGUCUUUGGUUGAUGAAAAUAUGGUAACCCUACAUAUUAUUGAAUAAAAAAUUUUAAAGAGCCAUCAAUAACAUUGAGUUACUGAAGGGGUCGCAGUAUGAAAAGGGGUUGAAAACACUGCUUUAAACAGAUAAAUCCCCCUAUAACCAGUCUUGUCAUAUGAUGAUGACAGUGUAACCAAAUAUAAAAUUGGAGCGUCUUGACAUUGCCUAUAGUCAGUUCAAGCCAGUCUAGCACUGCCUGACUGAUAUAUUAUUACUAGGAUGAAAGAAAGUGAAUUGUACAGCUUGCUCAUUAGAUUUUAUUUCGCUGAUUUCUUAAAACUAAAAGUGCCAUUAUUGCUCAUAGAAGAAAUAAGAAAAAAAGAAAAUACCAUGGACAAACUCAAAUAUGCACUGCUGGGUGGUCAAUCAUACCUAUAUCAAUGUGAUUUUUGGUGUAGCUUAUACGCAACUAGUUUCUUGAUUUGAGGCUUCGUAUUGGUCAGAGAUACCUUCAUAUCAUGGAGUAACCUAAUUUGAAGGUGGUUCUGGGUAGCAGUUUAGAUUUGGAGUAUGGUGGAGAAUUCCUUGUCACAGAGGAAGGUAGAUAGAAAUGGGAUGACCAUUUCCAAUACUGUUCUUGUUAAUCCAAGGUAAGCUACCAACUGAUCACACCAGAAAUCUGACAGUCGUAGUGUGCAGAAUUUUGUCUGACAACCCUGGUUCACCUACAGAUCAAUUAGCUACUCAUUUAUGCUGUCAUUAUCAUCCAUAUCUGCCAAAAAGGGCUGUUGUAUCCAUUCUGGAAAUGUAUGAGUCAUGGGAAAGUAUUGUGCCUAGUGAUCUCUAGGAGCUAGAGGUGAGCAACAAUAUUUUCUACAAGCACUGGCUUGAUUGGCUUGUCUUCCAGUUUGUAAACCAAGAAAGGAAAGUUCCUCACAUAUCCUCCAAGGAUUCGAUGCUUUCACAGUGACAGUUUCUUCCUGAAGGCUUCUACCUUCUGUGUACAAUCAAUACUAUUAGCAAACAUGCCUUACAUGGACAAGUUCAGGUCAUUCAGAUAACUGAAAAUGUCCUCCAGGUUGGAAAAUGAUGAUGAAAAUUUUCUCCUCAAAAUUUUCCGUGAAAUAUCACUGAUAGUCUCGGGGAAAUAUUGCAAUCUCAUCAGUGAGCUCUGCAAUACUACCAUGUAUGUGCCUCUAAGCAACCCCUAUAAUUGAUUUCAGCACCCCAGGUUGGGAAAGACUUAUCCAGCAGUUCCCCCAUCUAUUGGUAAGGAUGGCUUUAUUUGCUGUUGUGGAGAGAGCCCAAAAGUUCUGGUGCUAAAGUUAGAAGAUUCUUCUGGCUCAUUCUCUGUUACUAACACUUCUUGUUGGGUUGAAGUCACUGAAAGAUGAACAAUUUGCAGACCAGGUCUACACUUUUGUAAAGGAAAUUUCAUCCUGCACCACUGAGCUACUGGCUUAAAUGAUGCAGGAAACUCAGCCAAGCACACACAGUUCCAGGACUGAUUGACAAAAACUUUCUUUGGGUGACUGAAGGAGCACGUGACAAGGGUAUCACAACUGUAAUUAAAUGACUUCCCAGGUAAUGAGCAACAAAGUAGAAGAGGAGCAUAAAAAGGUCUUGUUUUUACUAAGCAUAAAAAAAAAAAAAAAAAAAAAAAGUCUUGUUUUUACUAAGCAUAAAAAGGUCUUGUUUUUACUAAAGUAUGGGCUCUCCCUUCGAUUAUGAUGCAACUGUUUUUCUUUCGAACAAAGAGACAGUUUAUGAUUAUCAAAGAUUCCCAACAAAAGAUCAAUGAUUAUGACAACAGCCACAAUCCCUGGAAAAAUUUUUCUUGCAAUACUUUGUCUCUGGAGGGCCUGCAUCUCUGUCUACACUACCACACCAUGUAGGAACCCUCUAAAGGACUGUCAAAAAUUUCCAGAGCUGAAGUAAAGGAUGUGUUUCAGUCUGUGAUGAUGCAGCAGCAAAACCAAUUGUAACAGCAACUGGAAGAGGUUGUCCAACCAAACAUUCGGUCACAACAGGUGCAGCAGCAGUGGGAGGAAUGGCAUUACGUAUCUGAAAAAACAAACAGCCUUGCUGUAGCACCAGUCUAGAGCGGGUCUAGGACAACUGGCCAGUCGGCCGUGGUCCAGCUGGCCGUGGCUGACUGGCCGCAGCUCAAGUGGCCGCUGGGGACGACUGGCCGCAGCGGUAAGAGAGAGAGAGAGAGAGAGAGAGAGAGAGAGAGAGAGAGAGAGAGAGAGAGAGAUUUUUAUUAUCUUUUGAAGGAAGCUAGUGCUUAUUUAUUUUUUUGUUGCUGUUGAAAAUACCCUUUUGAUUUUUGUUAUUGUUGUUAUUGGUUAUAAACUCUUUCGAAGAAAACUGGUAUUUAUUGUUAUUAAUGGUUGUAAACUAUUUUAAUUUUUUUUAAAUGAGAGCUUGAUACUUUGCCAAUUGGACUGUUUCCUUUUUUAAAUACAUUGUUGAACUUUGUAAUUAUUGUUAAUGGUUGUACACUAUUUAUUUCAUGUAUGCAUAUCAUUUUUGAAAAGAGGUUUUCUCUAAGAAAAGAAUAAUACUUAAAAGGUAAAUUUUGUUAAACAGCUGAAUUACAUGUUACAUAAAAGCUGAAUUACUGGAAUAAAAAAUUUAAGAAAAUAAAAGAUAAUUAAAGAUAAAAAAAGUUAAAUUUCACUAAAAAGCUGAAUUAUUGAAUAAAAAUAUCAAGAAAAUAAAAGAUAAUUAAAGGUAAAAAAAGUUAAAUUUCAUUAAAAAGUUGAAUUAUUGGAAUAUAAAAACUGCUUAAAAUAGCUGCUACAAAACUAUAUAUCUUAAGAGAAGUUAUGAGCAAUUCCUCUCAGAUACUCUAAAAUAUUUCUGUUCUCAAACUGUAGCACUACUGAUUUUAUACGAGCAUCAGCUUCUCGGAAUUUCUUGAAUUUUAUGGGCGGUGUUUGACCAGCAAUCAACUGUUCGUAAUAAAGACCUCGUCCUCGCUGCACCCUUUUCAAACUAUCGAUAAACUUCCAUAUUGUUGGAUGUUGCAUCCCUAGUUCAUUUUGCAACCUACGAUGAGCAGCUUCGGCAUGAUUGUUGGUUCUAUCCUCAUCAUUUAUACAUCGUUCGUAAACAUUCCAAAUGUGUAACGGAAAAAGGGGAGAACGUCUGCCAUUGCCCCUUCUGUUCAUUCUUCCAACAUAAUUGUCUUCCAGCCAAUCUAGAAGUUCUAGAAAUUUCUGUGGAAGGUCAUCUGCUAAUUCCAUUGUAGUUGCUGUAAUACGAUCGGGUGGUACAAAUGCUAAGGCAAUUGUCAUUUUAGCACGCAGAGCAAAACUGGCAUCAGUAUUGUAUUGUUGAGAUAAUCCCAAAGAUGGUAAUUUUUUAUAGACAUUCUGCGCAAAGUGGAAAAAACAGCCCCUAAUAUUAGUAGAUGGGAAACAUUAUUGAAGACUUUUGAAAUGCCCUAUUUCAUAAUCACUGUAUAUUACUUCUGGCUGUAGACUUGGUUGAAUUUCUAAAAGCAUAGAAAACAAUUUAUCUUAAGUUGUACGUAGUUUAUUUGGAAGUAGCGCGUAGAUAAACGGAUGCAUACCACCGUGCAUCUCACCAUGAAUCACAUACACUUGACAAAAAAGCGGUGGAGUGAUUUUGAACGUCCCAUCAACAAAAACAUUCUAUACUUCCUUAAGUAAAUGUGUCUUGCUUUCCUUUCCAAAUAUAGUG